UUGUUGUUUGCCUAUAUUUCUUACUCUGACGGAAAAGUUUUAUUUAUAGUUUGAUAAAUUGAGCACAAUGGAUUCAGCUUUACGUGAACAAGUUAUGAUAAAUCAAUUCGUUCUGGCGGCAGGAUGUGCUCAAGAACAAGCAAGACAAUUAUUGCAAGCUGCUCAUUGGCAAUUUGAGACGGCACUGUCGAUAUUCUUUCAAGAAGUUGCUAUUCCUUCAGGAGCAAAUGGUAUUGCGGCACCACACUAUCGGCAGCAGUUGAUGACACCAUGCAAUACACCGGCGACGCCGCCUAACUUUCCGGACGCGUUGGCUGCAUUUUCACGGUUGUCUACGACGGGCAGUCCAAGCGGUGGCGGCAGCGGGGCCAACAGUGGAGCCCCGCCUGUGUCGCCACUCGCUACCCACCCACCGCCACACCAGCACCCACUAGUGCCGGCCACUACCUUCACCGGCUCACCCAAUACACAAUCUAACUAUGCAUCGUUGUCUUGCUCAACUGCCGUUUGCAGUGAACAUAUGCCAAGAUAAGUUGAAAAAAAUAGUUUAGGAGCAUCUAUAAUUUAUUUUUAUAAUGGUGCGCAAUGUGAGCUGUGGAAUUGUGUAUGAAAUGUAUAUUUCUUCAUUAAACACCCUAUCAGCGGUGAUUUAGAUGGACAAUAUUUAGGGUGUGUUGUAGUCAAUCAUGUUAUAUAUUAUGAAAUAUAUCUCUAUAUUUAUAUAUACAUUGGGCUCAUUCUGCCAACAUUAUGUUUAAUUUAAGUACCUGUCUUUAAAGACAAGGAUUUUAGAUAUUAUUAUAAUAUAAAAAACACAAGUAUAGGAUAGACAAUUCAAAAUUGCAUACAUGUAGAUGCUCCAUAAAACUUUUAUCUAUAGAAAAUGUUUAAUUAAUAAUGCUUAAUUUAAAUUAUUAACAGGAAAUAAGGCCUUUACGCACACAGCCAGCGACCGAAUCAGGCGGAGGCCAUCGCCUUCUUUCAUUCAUUUCUUUUUCAU